GACUUUUUACACUCGGAACAUUCUUACUUCCGUACUAAAUGUAUACGAACAAUUCAUAGUGACGGACAACUUCCGCUUCCGUUCCAGCUGUCAACACAGGUCCACGCGUGUUUUUUAAUAGAACUUUGGAGAUGCCGAAAAUCCAGAAGAGUAAAGCGGCGGAGAAGGUUGUUCAUCCGUACAGCAGGAAAGCGUCAUAUCUGGCUCGAGAGGAGAACAAGCAGAAGAAGAAAGAACGGUUAAAGAAUGAAAAAGCUACACGUCUGAACCACAUUGGUGAGAAGCUGCUGUGGUUUCAGAGUCAGUUAGAUGCAACAAAAUCAAGUUACACACGGAAAGAUGCUUGUGAGAUAAUAGAAAGAUACUUUCAUAGGUUUGAUUCAGAAUUGGAACAGAUCGAGUUAUCAAAUGGGAUUAAGGGUCGACAAGGUCGUCUUCAUGGUGCCAGAGAAGCGGCCAUCAAACAGACUGUAGAGCGUGAGCGGGCGCAGUUUGAGGGCAUCGGGUUUGAAAUCCCCGACAUAAUGAAUGGGAAGCAUCUUAAAACAUUUAGAGAAUGGACUGGAGAUCUGAGGAAACUUCCAAAUAUUAAACUGCGAAAGGUGUCGAGUAAAGGCCUGAACACGAAGAAUGAAGCGAAGGAGGAUGCAGAGGAAGAACAUGAAGAAGAUAAGGAUGGUUGCAGCGAGGAGGAAGAUGAGUCAGCGCAGAUGUCUGACUCCCACUGAGACUGCAGCGAGGCUUAUGUGGAACUGCCGCCACACCGGCCUUUAAAUAAAGGACUCCUGUAAAGCA